AUGGAAGAAUCUUAUAAUUUUGCAACAACUAUUUUAACUUCAAAAUCUCCAGAACAAGCAGCUGCAAUUGUACCGAAUGUCAUAACAGGAUCAACCGGAUUGAAUAAGGAUUUAAUAGCAUGGUUCAAUCAAUAUAGUUCUGCAAUUUCUUCACAUAAUCAAGCCUUAAAAUCGUUACUUGAUGAAGCCAAUAAGAUUGGAAAAAGGAGUAAUAUUGGAUUUAAUAAUUUUCCUAGAAAUUGGAAUUGUUUAUUAAAUUCAGUUCAAUUAGAAUUAAAUAAUAAUGAAAUAUUACAAAAGAAUUUGAAACAAGAAAUCAUUAAUCCAUUAAGAGAUUUAAUUGAAAAAGAUGUUAGAAUUUCAGAAUUAAUUGUAAAUGGUCAAGAAUUAAAUGAAAUUAGUCAAAAUUUAACAAAAGAUGGUGAAUAUAAAUGGAAUUACAAAGCUCCACAAACUUUUCAGAAUCUAGAAGAUUUCAAAAAAAUUGAAAUUCAAUUAAUGUUUGACAUAAUUUUAAAUUAUUUUCAAUUAUAUAAUGGUAAAUUAUCAAAAGAAUUGAAAAACAAUGAAAAUUCAACAAAUUAUUUAUUAGGAAGUUUCAAAUUGGAUAAUGAAAUGGAAAAUCAAUUAAAUUAUUUACAAACUACUCAAUUUCAAAUACAACCAUCAUCAAUACCACCAACAUCAGCCGCUGCUGCCGGUCCAAGUAGUGUCCCACCAAAACAAAAAAGAAUGAGUUCAUUUGGUAGACUUGAUAAACAUGGAACUUCAGGAAGUGUUGGAUCAGAUGGUUCACCAAAAAAACCAUCAAAAUUAAAAUCUAGAGUUGGAUCAAUCUUUGGUAGAAAGAAAAAGAAAGAUCAAGCAAACCAACCAAGUCAUGAAUUAUCAAUUCCUGAAGAUGCUUCAUUAUCAACAGAAACCUCAACCACAAGAUCAGCUCCAAUAUCGAGAAAUGUAACUAGAAGAUCAACUAUGGAUCCACCAAUUAGAGAAGAAAGACAAAAUUCAUUUAAUAAUCAUCAAAAUGAUCAUACAGCUGUAGGGGGAACAAUUCCUUCACAAACUCAACAAUCUCCAUUCCAACCAUUACAACCUAUUAAAAAAUCUCAAACUCAAAAUCAACCAACACCUCCCCCACCAAAACAACAAUCAUCAUUUCCAAGUCAAUCUCAAAAUUACCCUACUCAACAAUCAAAUUUCGGUGCUUUCCAACAACAACAGCAACAACAACAACAGCAACAACUUAACACACCAAGUCAUGACAGAUUCUUACCACAAAGACCUACAAAUGAACCAACGGAUUCACCAAAUGUUGUAAAAUACAAUGACAAUGAUGAUGAUGACGAAGAUGAAGAUGAUGACGAGAGUGAUGAAGAUUCAAUAGGGAAUGGUAGAAGAUCAUCAUUAUUACAAAGACAUGAAUUAGAUAAUCAAAAACAAAAUACCAAUCAGGGGUCAUCAUUUAAUAAUAAAUCAUUACCACAACCACAACAAGAAUUACACGAACCAUAUCAACAUCAACAACAACAAAAAGUUCCACAAAUAUUUCAACAACCUAAACAAAAUAUUCCAGCGGGAGCAUAUCUUGAUACACAAAGAUCAAGACAAAAUAGUGAUGGUAAAUAUUCAUUUGAAGCAGGUGAUGAUCAAAAACCAAUUUCAGCAACUCCAAGAAGUGAACAAAAUGGAUUCAAUAUUGAAUCACCAUAUCAACAACAACAACAACCAAUUGAACCUGUUGUUGCUAGCUCCACUGAAGGCAAUGGUUUUCCAGCAACUGUAGCUGCAGGAAUUGCAGGAGUAGCAGGUGCAACAGCUGGAGCAGUAGCAGGUACAUUGACAGGUAUUUCGGAAUUUGGAAGUAACAAUCACAAUAGUCAAUCUUCAGCAAGUAAACCAGCUCCACCACCAUCAAGAAAAGUUGUACAUCAUGACACUAUAUCUUCAGCAAAUUCGAAUUCAAGAGAUUCAACAAUUUUCCAUAAUUUACCAUCAGCUACAUCAUCAUCAAACACAAGAGAUUCAAUUAUACAACCACCAUCAGUAGUUUCAAGAAAUUCAUUUAUAAAUAAUCAAUCUUUCAAACCAUUAGUAAAUCAAGAUACUGGAUCAUUAUUAAAAAAUGAUUUCAAACAUUUUAAUUUAAAUGAUGAUUCAUCAACUUUAGGAUUAAAUACAUCAAUUGCAGAAAUUAUAAAUGCAAAUUUUAAAGAUGGUGAAUUACAAACUUCUCAAUUAUUAGGAGAAGUUGCUUUUAAUUAUAAUGGAAAUUUACAAUCUCAAGAACCAAUUCAAAUUAAUAUUCCUUAUUCAUUUGAUAAAUUAAUUGUAAAUAAACAAUUUAUUGAAGAAUUAGGUAAUAAUGAAUAUUCAAUUGAUCCAUUAUCUAUAUCUAAAAAGACAUUAGGUGGAUUAAAAUAUUUGUUAAAAAAUUUACAAGUACCUAUUAUAAUUCAACAAAUUUGGAAAUUUGAACAACAUCAAUCAAGUUUAAUGAUUAGUAUUAGAUCAAAUUUACCACAUGAUAUAAUAUUAGAUCAUUUAGUUGUAUCAGUAGCAUUGGAUAAAGAUGUUGAAGCUACAUCAGCACUGUCUAAACCACAAGGAUCUUUCAAUAAAGAUAAAAAUAGAAUUACUUGGAGAUAUAAUAAAUCAAUUAAUUUAAAAUCAAAUGGUGGUAAUGAAGAAAAAUUAAUUGCAAGAUUUAUGACUAAUGGAUUAGGUAAAGAAUGUGAAUCUGGUGUACAAUUAAAAUUUUCAAUUGCUAGUAGUGAAGUUGUUAAAAAUUGUAGUAUUUAUUUAUUAAAUGGUCAAGAAAUUCCAUCUUUUAGAAAUUUAAUUAGUGGUCAAUAUAGUUCUCAUAUUUAG